AUAACCAUUUUUCAACCACAAUUAUCAAAUCUAUUUCCUUCACCAUAAAUUGGCUCGUUUCAUUAACUAUUUCAAUCGCACUUAUCAAAUCUAUAUUUCUUCACUUCAAUCCAUAACCCUUUUCAACCAAAAUCAUCAAAUAUAUAUCCCUUACAAACUUUCAUACAUAUAGUAGUCCUUAAAUCAUUUUCUCAAUGACUAUGACUUUAAAACUAGCCUUUGCCAUUACAAUAUUGCUAACCAUUUCAUUCAACCAAAUUGUUUCCGGCGACAUCGGGACCGCUACUUCCUACAACCCUCCGUACACACCUACAAGGUGCAAUGGCAAUAGAGCCGACCAAUUCCCAUCAGGAAACUUGUUUGUGCAAGUGAGUGAAGGGUUGUGGGACAACGGCGCCGCCUGCGGCCGCCGAUACAGGCUCCGGUGCCUUAGCGGCAACAACCGGCCUUGCAAGGGGGGCACGGUGGACGUGAGGGUGGUCGAUUUUUGCACCCGCCGGCCAUGCCCUUCGACUAUAGUGAUGUCGACCGACGCCUUCGCCGCCGUCUCCAAAUCCCCCGAUGCUAAAAUCAACAUCGAAUUUAUCCAGUAA